UCAGCACAUCCUUAUCAAAAUCUAAAGUUCUCAGUUUUUAUUUGCGAUAUUAGAAAUACCCUACAUCGCGUCGGCAUCUUUGCUCUGAAUAAAAUAUAAAUUAGCUCGAAGAUCAUGGAUAAGAAAGACGAAAUAGGAGACCCUCUCUGUUGUUGUGAAUAUAUCGACGCAAAGGGAGAAAGGAGUCAUCUACUGGCCAUGUUUUGUGAUUGUGAAGAUUUGGAUGAGUCGUGUGACAGAUUAUUCACAGGGAGGACUAUUGGCAGAGCUAGGUUAGCCUCUGUCAAGGAAACGAUCCUCGACCGUGUACGUAUCCCAACAUUCCUAGGGCAAGGGGCGCAGCGUAUUGAUGACCUGCUCGACAUGUCUGCUCUCCUUCCUCUCAUCGCAAUACCCUGUUGGCUCUAUGUCGCAUCCUGGUGCCUCGAAUAUACCGUCUAUUCUUUCAUGAUCGUCCCGCUAAGUGCCAUACUCUACUCUCUACGAAUCCUCAGACGCAAGCAAAGGACGAAAUUCUUCAUGAGCGUGACUUUGGUUUCUAUAUUCACUUUGUUCUCUUCCUUUGUCAUUCUCGUUACCGAUGCCACAGUCGUUGAGCUUGCUUGCGUCUCGAUGAACCUUUUACUCUUCUUUGGAGCUUUUGCAUUGACCAAGGUGGCACCUGGGUUUGUCAAAUGUCGUCAGGAAUCUUCGGGAACGAGCUGUCAGAGAGAUGAAGAAGAGACAAAGGGACAAGCCUCUUCCCGUCUCACACAUCUCCACAAGAGCAAUGAAAGGGGACCACCGAUUGGCCAGAAUAAGGAGAAAGAGGAAAAACUGACCAAUCAGAUGCAGGGAUCCUCGGAUUGGUGUGCUGCGUGUCUGAUCGUGAAGCCAGCCAGAGCGGGCCAUUGUAAGAUCUGUGACCGCUGUGUACAUCGGUUGGACCACCACUGUGUUUGGCUUGAUGUCUGUAUUGGCAGAGAUAACCACCGGUCCUUCAUCGUCACCCUUAUCCUAUUCGUCGUCGGUGGUUUCUGGGGAGUUUUGAGGGGGUCUUACUAUCUCUUUGAGGUCACUCAUGAUGAAGCUAGUUUCUAUGGAAUAUUGGAGAUCAUCUAUUAUGACCCAGAACUGGCUAUCAUCUUUGUAUGCAUCCUGUAUGGUGCAGUGGUAUGCCCUGCGGUGAUGGCCCUUCUUCUUAAGCAGUGCUUCCUCAUCACCCACAACUGGACGUAUCGGGAGAGGAAGCUACUUCCUCGACAGCCGGGUGGCAAGGAACGCCUCUUGGAGCUAGAUCACGGCUUUGUGAACAAUUGGAUCAACUUCAUCACAAAGAAAGGGGAUAUGUAUGGAACGGGAGACACAUGCACAAGGGUUGUUUGAUGGAGGGGUUGCUAGGCAAUCCGGAUCUCAAAUUGCAUUGUUGGUUUUGUAAACUUUCAACUUUCGAGCUCUGAAUUCAAUAGAUUGUAUCGAUCAAUGUGACUUUCAAGUGCACACGCUCAGAGUGUAUCAUCUAUGAACUCGCUUCUUACCAUCCUUUAUCUGAAAUAUUGAACGUGCAGAAAACCUUUUGGGAUUUUCAUCAAGUCAUGGAUGACAGAGGAGAAUUCUGGCUGAUGCCAUCAUCCCAUGAGCCCCCCCCCCCCCUGAAAAGGUGGUCGGGGGGGGGUAGCCAGAAUGGAGGAUUCUGGUCCAUAAGCAGCAGGAAAAAUUUAUUUGUUCAUCUUUCUCAAUCAAAACUUUUUUAAUAUCUUGUUUGUAAUAAUGUGAAUGGAUAAUUAUAUAAUAUUGACUGGCCUUGAGGGGAACAUCAAAUAUAUUGCCCACAAAAGAAUCAUAUUGACCCAAGUCUUUAGACAAGGACAAUAUGGUUCUUUGAAGGGCAAUAUAUUUGAUGUUUCCCGAAGGAAGAACCAGUCAAUAUUUUGUAUUAUUAUCCAGAUAAGACAUCCAGAAUCAUGAAAAUUUAGACAUUUUACCCUUUCAGAAUGUGAUUCUAUUUUCUCAUGUUGAGCAGGCUGUUGUGAUGUUUUUGAAAUGUCGCAGUAUCCAACGUUUGUUCAUCUUCAUUGACAUUAUGACGUAUAUUUUGCUGGGCAGAUCAAUAAAUGACACAUAUCUCUUUCUAGGCGUCCUCAGAUACCCGGAUGUGAGACCAAGGAAAAUACAAAGGUAUAUUUUGCGUCGUCUCUGAAUGCUAAGUCAAUACGCGCACAGAGAUUGAGCAAAAUACAAAUACCUAUCCCUUCCCUAUAUUCAGAAUAUCUAGGGCAAUACGGUUUUGUAAAUGACCAGCUCAGAUUUCUGAUACGGGUAAUAAUACUAUUUACACUUGUGUAAUGCAUUUCAGCAUUUUUUCGUUACCACAUUUCGGUAGAGCAUGAUGAAAUACCUGCACAUCCCAAAUUUGGUGAGAAUCGGUCCAUGAGGGCCCAAGAUAUGACCUCAUGAAUUACAGAAUUAUCCCGAUGGAAGUUGAUGUAUUGUUGGCCUGGUUCAUAACAUUUACAAUCAGGCCAAUAAUACAUUGAUGCCAAUGGUAUUAUAAAUAUCAAAUAUGGUAUCAAAAAUGUCAAAAUGCGAUAUUGGAAAAUAGAUGACGUGACACUUCAGUACUCUACUUGUGUAUGAUUGUGAGUGGAUGACACAUGAGCUCAAUUUCUAGUAUAAGUCGUAUUCAAUAUACAUACAGCGUAGCCAGUCAGUAGGCAGGUCCUCAAACAAAAAGUAGCUUCUUUCUUCCAAGUGAUAUUCAUGACUAGAGAGGUUCUGCAAUAUUUAAUGAGCUUGAUGCGGAUCAAAACACCUAGAGGUUUUAAUUCUUUCAUUGCUGCUCUAAGUACAUGUAUACAUCAAAUUUCAUGAUUUUGGUAUCAUUGUAAAGCGGAAGAAUCAUUCUUUCAGGUCAUGUGUUUGAAUUUAUUUAAUGAUUUUGCAAUGUAGGUGAAAAUAUUGAUCUAAAACAUGCUACAAAAUGUAUUUUUUUUACCUGACAAAAGUUGUUAUUUUUUGCACUUUUGUGUGAGUCUAAAUGAUUUUUUAUAUCAUGAUAGAUUUGAAUAUGUACAUGUAUGCUUUAAAAUGGUAUAGGUUUCAAAAUAAGAAUUGAUUUAAUAGGGUCAAGAGCACACUUUUCAUUGGCCGUUGCAAAUCUUGCCAUCAAACUUGGAACACAUAUUGGUGUUGGGGUAUAGAUGUGCAAGACAUAUUUUUUGCAUGUGUCGGAAAUUGCGUUGCCAUGGUAAUGGUAUAUUAUGACAAAAAUAUGGUAAAAAUCUUGUGCAUUGAACUGCUUUCUCAAUUUUCAACCAAUUCUCAUGAAAUUUGGCUCACACAUAGGUAUCGAGGUGUGUGACACAUAUAUUUUGUGUCUGUCAGAAAUUGUGUUGGCAUGGUAACAACAUAAUUUCUGCCCAAAAUUGGGUAAAAUUUUUUCGGUUCGUACUACUUCAUCAGUUUUCAGCCAAUUCUCAUUCCAUAUGUCAGUAAUUGUGUUGCCAAGGUAACAACAUAUAUGCCAAAAAUUAUGCAAAAAUCUUGCAGUUUUAACUACUUCAUCAGUUUUUAACCAAUUAUCAUGAUAGCUCACACAUUGGUCUUGUGGUCACAAUAGGCAAGAUAUAUUUUCCAUGUGUUGGAAACUGUUACCAUGGUAAAACAAUGUACAGCGGGGGUAUUAAUCACCUUUAGUGAUACAUGUAGUUCUAGUUUAAUCUUAAAAUUCCUUGAAUAUUGGAAAAAAUUAUGUUGUAUUCCUUGACUUUCAGAUAUCUACGUGUGUCCUCUAUUGUCUUUCAAAAUCUGCUAGAUGUGACUUAAGCAUACUUCUUUUUUAUGGGGUGGGUAUCAAGUAUCCAAAUGCUUUAUUUUUGUUCUGGUUUGCCUAUUAUUUUCUGCUAUCGGUUUGGAAAUUCAUUUUGUUAUACGAUCCGAGCCUUCAGGGUGAUUUUUUUUUUAUAAGGGUAGAUACACAGUGUAUAUCAUUGUUUAAGAUUGCUCUUACAUAGUCUUCAUAUUGUCUUUCUGUAUUAUUGUAUAAUACUGUAUAUUAUUAACUGUUCAAAUAUUAGUACCGAUCCCAUUAUACAAACUCCAAUUUGUGUAUGUUUAGGCUUUGUGUUUGGAUUUGCAUUCAACCCCACCAUGACAAUGAAUAUACUUGUUAUUGUCUCGUUUAUUCGAUCACAUUUUAUUCUUAAAAAUAGCAACAUGUAUUUUAAUUUUAUCAUUCAUUGCUGCAUUUUUCUUUCAGAUUUCAUGUGUUAGAAAUUCUAAAAAAUAUGGAUGUAGGAUAUCUUAACGAGCUGAGGAUUAGUGCAUUUUCUUGUGAAAACAACAAUCAGUAAUUUCAAUAACCAGGCAAGAAUUUGUUUUUUAACAACUAUGUCAAUUUUCACUUGUUUUUACAAUUAAACGUGUAAUUUCUAACUUUAAUUUUAUUUUGGUAAAAAAUUGCUUACUAUGCUUGCUUGCAAUUUCGGAAGAUCACUUUUAUCCCAGCAUAAAAAAAUAAAAAUUAAAUUAUAAAAGUUUGCUGGAAUGGGAUACUGGAUUGCAUACCCCCAUGUUCUCACUUUGUACAUACUUAUUUCUAAAAUGAAUUGUUUCGAUUUCAAAAUGUGUUCAAAGAUAAUCCAAUCGUAAAAUGAGCAUCGUAUCGGUAUGUAUAAAUAAAAAUUAUGUGCCAAAAGUUUCUGGAAGAUAAUGUGUAAUUGCUGAGAAAUAAGCACGGCAUUCCAGCCAAAUGUUGGGUCCUUUUCUAACUGAGUAAGAAUAAUAAUAUACUGUCCCACAUGUGCUUAUCUGCGUUGGCAAUCUUCAGUGUAAUUGUUUUUCAGCUUCGAUUUCGAGAUUUCACAAAGUUCGCUUUAUGUAGCUACAAGACUAGGGCCCCGUCUUACAAAGAGUUACAAUUGAUUCAAUCAAUGGUAACUGUAUGGAAAUCGAUCAGUGUCAUAAUUUUUUGUUCAGGGAAUUUCCACAAUGUACUUUGUGAACAAAGAGAAGCAUAGUCAAUUGUAAAAAAAAAAAAAGUUAAUGUAUGAAUAUACAAAGUAGAAAAUAUUUUAAUCAAACACAUAUUUUAGAUAUUGACGCUGCUGGCUUUCCACAGUUAUGAUUGAUUGGGUUAAUCGUGAAUCUUUGUAAGAUGGGGCCCAAAUCUACCGUCUUGAUAUUGUUACAGUUAACAUUGGUUUUACAUACUCUCUCAUGAAAUCUGUGUUUACUGCCACUACUCUUUAAAGGGAAAAUUCACCCUGACAAAAAGUUUGUUGUAAAAAAAGCAGAAAAAAAAAAAAAAACUGGUGGUUUGAGGAAAAUCCAUCCGAGAUUGAAAAAGUUAAGUAUAGUUUAAUAUGUUUGAAUCAUGACACCAUUUGCGAGCAGCGUCCAAUUUAUUGUCAGAAUAAAUCAAUGAAAUGUCAUUGACUCAAAAACUUGACAAUGGGUUUUAUUGUUUUUUCAGUAUAUAUCAAAAGACAAAAUAUUUCACACCU